AAACAUAAAACAAAAGAUUGUCCUUGUUUUUUUUCAACAAUUACUUUCCAAAAAAAUGAAGUUUAAAACAUACGUAACUAAGGAUCCAGUACAUAAAACUGCGAUAUCUUGCAUAGAUUGGAGCAACAAUGAGGAAGUAUAUUCCGCUGGUGACGAACAUCAAAUUUACAAAUGGACAUCUACAACACGGGAGUCGGUGGAAGUUGCAAAAUUACCUGAUGAUUUCACACCUACCGACUUCCAUUGGUUGCUUGGGAAAUCCGGUGGCCAAAAGGGUACCGAUUCUUUGUUGGUCACCAGCAACGAUGGAAGGUUCAUCAUUUUGAAUAAAAGUGCACGAGUUGAAAGGAAUAUCAAUGCCCAUUCCAUGUCCAUAACAUCGGGUCGAUGGAGUCCUGAUGGUGCUGGAUUGUUAACUGCCAGUGAGGAUGGAAUUAUAAAAAUCUGGUCCAGAUCAGGUAUGUUGCGGUCGACAGUAGUGCAAAGCGAUGAGCCAGUGCGAUGCGCAAGAUGGUCACCAACAUCAUCUGCAAUCGCCUAUUGCCAGGGCAAUUCAAUAUCAAUCAAACCUUUGGCAGCCAACAGUAAAAUCAUGAAGUGGAGAGCUCACGACGGUUUAGUCCUUUGCCUAGACUGGUGUAGUCAAACCCAAUACUUAGCUUCUGGCGGUGAAGAUUUCCGAUAUAAGAUUUGGGACUCACAAGGAGCCAACAUUUACACGAGUACCGCAGAUGAGUAUGGAAUCACUUCUAUUGAAUUCUGCCCCAAUAGUGAUAUUUUGGCGGUUGGGAGUUUCAAUAUUUUGAAAUUGUGCAGCAACACAGGAUGGUCCUACAAUAACGCUCGUUUCAAUGCAUCACCAGUCGGUUCGAUAUAUAGCAUAGCUUGGUCCCCGGAUGGAACCCAAGUAGCCUGCGGUAGUUCGAGUGGGAAUAUCGUUUUUGGACAUGUAAUCGAGCGUCAGCUUAUUUCUAAAAAUUUGAAGGUCACAACUACGGGCAGGAAGUCUAUCCUCUAUCAGGACAUCACUGGUUCGACGAGCGAUGUGCUAGAUUUUCCUGAUCGAAUUAUAAACUGGGCUAUCGGCUAUGGCCAUUUGAUAGUGGCUACCCCGAAUCAGAUUCAUAUCUUCAAUGAGAACUAUAUCAAUACUCCUAUAAUUGUGGAUGGAAGGACUGAUACGAGAAUUAUUGAAAUCGGAAAAAAAUUCUUUCUAGUGGUUGAUUCUUCGUCGAUUUGGGUCUACACAUACACAGGGAGACUGCAUUUGAAUCCGCGAUUUCCAGGUUCUCAAGCGCAGAUUGUUGGACUUAACAAAAGCAUCAUCUCUCUAGGUCUAGAUUGCUUAGCCGUAAGAGAUUCCGCAGAUCAAUCUGUAAUCUACGCAUUUGACCUAUUACCUGGAGCAUCUCGUCAAACCGAGCCAUCAGCGAUUCACUCUAAAACUGGAAUAAAUGAAAUUGCAGUCUCUCGUUCCGGAACCCCAGAGGAUCAGUAUAUAGUUUUCCUAGAUGUAAACAGGGAACUUUAUAUCUCGCCGACCCAGAAUGGGGACGAUAACUCCAUUCACAAAAUCGGAACUCAAGUCAUAUCUGUUAUGUGGUCCAGCGAAGCAAAUAUACUAGUUGGAUUGCACGACGCUUACUACAGUAUAUGGUACUGUCCUGGAGAAGGAAGUUCAGAUCCAUCCUUAAUUGCCCUAACAACUGUAACCAUGGACUCAACUGAAUUCGGCAAAAAUAUAGCACUGGAGUCAUUUGUCGGUCCUUUUAUUACCAUAAAAAGUUCAGGGACUUUGUAUACAGUUAAUGCGAAUAUAUAUUGUGAAAUUAUGCAUCGAAUGAUUAUUGAGGGUCAGUGGAAUAAAGCACUGAAAAUAUGCAGAUUAGCGCAAAAUACAAUACUUUGGGCUGCUCUGGCUGCCAUUGCUACGAAAAAGCGACAACUGGAUAUAAGUGAGGAAGCUUAUUCAGCUGCCUUACAAAUUGAUAAAGUCAGUUAUUUGCAGUAUAUAAAGGGAUUACCAAAUUCGAGCCCCGAGCAAAUGGCGGAGAAUUCUCUCAUGAUGGGUCGUUUGGUUGAAGCUGAAACUCUUUUGCUUCACAAUAAAAAAUACAAGGAAGCAAUGAACUUAUGCAUUCGGAUGCAUAACUGGGAUCGGGCGUUGGAUAUUGCAAAGAAAAAUAACGUUGAAAUGGAUUUGAUCCUUGGUGAACGCAAGAAGUAUUUGAUGGCUUUAGGUCGUGAGGAAAAUAAUGAAAAAUUUUUAGAGUUAAAUAAAUAA